ACGUCGUGUGAACGUGAACGGCGCGACUAAACAGAAAGUUUCUACAGAAAACUUAAAGCUGUGAGUGUUUUACGCUUCUUUAACUAAACCCUCUCUGUUCGCCCUUUACAGCGUGAGCGGCCCGACAGGGGAUAAAGGCAGAAUCGAGAGGAUUGGAGGAUGUCUCUUCCUAAACGGGAGAUGGAGGAGUUGAGGCCAUGGGUGGAGCGCACUGUGAAGAAGGUGCUGGGUUUCUCGGAGCCCACUGUGGUUACUGCAGCCCUGCACUGUGUUGGAAAGGGGCUGGACAAAAGGAAGACCAUAGACCAGCUGCGUCCCUUCCUCGAUGACUCUGCUGGAGGUUUUGUGGAGCGUCUUUUUGAAGCGUUGGAAGAAAGCCGGAGCGCCCGUGGCAACAAAGGAGGAGGAGAAAAGCACCGCAAGAGAGACCUUAAAGAUGUAUUUGGCGAUGAGGCUGAAACCGGUGCAAAGCGAGAAGCUCCGGAGCCAGGAGAUGGGACGGUUGCUAAGCGUAAACGAGUUCCGCGCUUCGAGGAGGUGGAGGAGCCUGAGGUCAUACCUGGACCUCCAUCUGAGAGCCCUGGCAUGCUCACCAAAAUGCAGAUCAAACAGAUGAUGGAAGCAGCCACAAAACAGAUAGAAGAGAGGAAGAAACAACUGAGCUUUUCCUCUCCCGUCCCUCCUUCACCACGGUUGCCCCUUCCCACACCACAGUCACAAAUGGAAAACCUCCCAGUGUCUCGGCUUCUUGGCACUCCUGCUGCUGCAGCUGCAAGCGGUGGCUCAUCUAUCGCCCCCUCCCAGGCUGCCAGCUUCAUGAAUGAUGCUAUCGAGAAGGCCCGCAAGGCUGCUGAGCUGCAGGCCCGCAUCCAGUCCCAGUUAGCAAUGAAACCUGGUAUCCUCGGAGCCUUGGGGAACACUGGGCCUCACAACCUAGUGGCACUAGCUAAUCUACAUGCUAUGGGAAUUGCCCCACCGAAGGUUGAAGCCAAGGAGGUGAAUAAGCCGACGCCUCUUAUUCUGGAUGACAAGGGCAGAACUGUAGACGCCAGCGGAAAAGAGGUUGAACUCACACACCGUAUGCCCACACUCAAAGCGAACAUUCGAGCGGUAAAGAGGGAGCAGUUCCGUCAGCAGCUGAAGGAGAAACCUGGCGAUGACUUGGAGUCCACAUCCUACUUCGACCAACGUGUGUUUAUUACACCAGCUCAGCGCCCCCGCAGGGCCUUCAAAUUCCACGAUCAGGGGCGCUUUGAGAAGAUUGCACAGAGAAUUAGAACUAAGGCCCAGUUAGAACGGUUGCAAUGUGAGAUUGCUCAGGCAGCAAAGAAGACAGGAAUCCAGGCAUCCACCAAGCUGGCACUGAUUGCCCCCAAGAAAGAGAUUGGAGAAGGGGAGGUCCCCCACAUUGAGUGGUGGGACUCCUUCAUCCUGCCCUCCAACAUAGACAUAACACCAGACACAAAAUUUGAAGGGUUGGAGCUCUUUGGUGUGACCAACCUGGUGGAACAUCCUGCCCAAAUUAGCCCUCCGGUUGACACAGAUAAGCCAGUAACGCUGGGUGUAUACCUGACAAAGAAAGAACAGAAGAAACUGAGAAGACAGACACGAAGGGAGGGUCAAAAAGAAGUUCAAGAGAAGGUUCGUCUUGGACUGAUGCCUCCACCAGAACCCAAAGUACGCAUCUCCAACCUGAUGAGAGUGCUCGGGACAGAGGCGGUUCAGGACCCCACGAAGGUGGAGGCCCACGUCAGAGCUCAGAUGGCCAAGAGACAGAAGGCUCAUGAGGAGGCCAAUGCAGCCCGCAAGCUCACAGCGGAGCAGAGGAAAGAGAAGAAAGUCAAGAAGUUAAAAGAAGACCUCAUUAAUGGAGUUCACGUCUCAGUGUACAGGAUCCGUAACCUGCAAAAUCCUGCCAAGAAGUUUAAAGUGGAGGCGAAUGCCAACCAGCUGUACCUGACGGGUACAGUAGUUCUGCACAGAGAUGUCAACCUUGUGGUGGUGGAGGGAGGCCCUAAAUCCCAGAAAAAGUUCAAGAAGCUGAUGUUGCACAGAAUCAAAUGGGAGGAACACAACAGCAAAAGAGAUGAUCCAGAUGGUGAUGAUGAUACAAAGAGGAACAACAAGUGCUGGUUGAUUUGGGAGGGCACAACUAAAGAGCGCAGUUUCGGGGAGAUGAAGUUCAAGCAGUGCCCCACAGAGAGCAUGGCCAGAGAACACUUCAAGAAACACGGCACAGAACACUACUGGGAUCUAGCUCUCAGCAAGAGCGUGUUGGACGGAUGCACAGAUGACUGAAUCCUGCCCCCGGAGAACACGUCAUUUCAGUCAACGUCCCCUUCUACGAGCCCCCAGCCUCACAGCCAGUUGGCCCUCACUGCUGACUGUGGACAGACAGACUUAACCAAGAGACUUGACCUUAGAAAGAGGAGGAACAAUAAACAUGUGUGGAUGUUUUUUUUGCAAGAAUUUGCGACAGAUCGGGGUGUGUGUGUGCGUGCAUGUGUCAGUAUGUGUCAGUAUGUGUGUGUGCGUGUGCGUGUGUGUGUGCGCCUGCAUCAGUGUUCAUCUCUUUGGUGGUAGGCUAUUUUGUCAGAGAUCGUGUUAUCUGUUAUUGAAUACAAUCUGACAGAUUGCACUGUGUGAUGUAAAUCACUCACCCAAGGCUUUAUGUGAUGAUGAGAAAUGGUGUCACGCUUUGUUAUGACUUAACUUUUGUGAUGAAAUCCCAACGUACACUGAUAAUAAUCCCUGUUUCAGUCAAGCAGUUAAUACAAAACAACAACCCAUCAAUGAAUGAAUUGCACUACGGUUGUGCUAACAUAUUUAGAGUAAACCUGGAAGGAUUCCUGGGUAAUGUUACAGCAUUGUUAUAAGACAUAUUGUAGUUAUUACAGGUACAUUUCACAGAAUUUAAAGUUUCCAAAUCCAUAUUUUUUUUUUGUUCUUUUGGGGGAAGGAGCCAAUCUUUGACUCACCUGUAGCUAUAUUUCUCUGUAACAUUACAGUCACAGCCUUAAAUAAACAACAAAAUGUAA